UUCAGAAUUUCAUCUACAUAUUACUGAACUGCAAGGAGAAAAAGACUGCAUAUCUCAAGCAAGUGCAGAAAUGGCGUCAAAUCUGAGCCCCGUGUAUGCAUACACGGUUGUGUACGUCAAAGAUGUCGCGAAAUCUGUUGCCUUCUACGCCAAGGCCUUUGGGCAUCAGGUUCGCCGCCUCGACGACUCUCGCAGAUGGGGCGAGCUGGAGAGUGGGCAGACGACGAUAGCCUUUACGCCGGCAAGGCAACACGAGACAGACGAUUUGACCGGAGAGGUGCAGAUCCCUCGUUCCACCCACCAGAGGAACCCUAUCGAGGUCUGCUUUGAUUAUUCAGACGUCGAUGCUGCAUACAAGGCAGCGGUAGAGAAUGGGGCGGAGGCAGUAAGCGCGCCGGAGGAAAAGGAGUGGGGGCAGAAAGUAGGGUACGUGCGAGAUAUUGACGGGAUCGUGGUGAGGAUGGGAAGCCACGUCCGGUAAUCUCUGAGGACUUGAUAUAAGGUAAUGUGCUCGUCACAUGAUGUGUCGCACUCAUAAAUAAGGCGCUCACCUUGCUUAACUGUGUUGUGUAGCGAGUGUUUGUGAAUUUUAUCUUUCUGAAAAGUUAUGAAAAUCACGUCAGCUAUAAUAUUUAACUAUCUUAGUUACUGUCCUGAAA